GCGCAGUCACGUCACAUGACCCUCGAGUUGUCUCCGGGGGUUGAGCCGGGGGACGCGUCGAGCCAGGCGAUGGAAGCCUGGUACAUGGACGACUCCGAGGAGGACCAGAGAGAGCCGCACAGGCUGGUCCCGAACCAGCCCGUCUCCCCGGACCGGCUGAGGGAGCUGGGGGUGUUCCACUGGAAGCUCAAUGCGGACAUCUAUGAAACAGACCCAGAGCUGGAGCUGAUUCGCAAAGAACAAGGCUACUCCUACAUGGACAUCAUCUCCAUUCACAAGGACACACUAGCCAACUAUGAGGAGAAGCUGAAGAUGUUCUUCGAGGAGCACCUGCACUUGGACGAUGAGAUCCGCUACAUCCUUGACGGCCAGGCCUACUUCGACGUCCGGGACAAGGAGGAGCGCUGGAUCCGGAUCGCCAUGACCAAGGGGGACCUGAUCACCCUGCCGGCCGGCAUCUACCACCGCUUCACCCUGGACAGGACUAACUACACCAAAGCCAUGAGGCUGUUUGUGGGGGAGCCGGUGUGGAAAGCUUACAACCGGCCCGCCGAUGACUUCGACAUCCGCCAGAAGUACGUGGCUUCUCUCCAGGAUCCCGGAGCCUGAGCUGUGGUCCCGUCCCCCGGGGGCCUCAAAUGUCAUUCUGCAAAAAAAACGUUUUAUGAAUAUGAAACGUUCUUACUAAUCAAUGUGCUGUGUCCAUCGUAAAGAUAACGUGAAUCAAGUCAUUAACACUAAUCAGUACUUUAGAUAACGUCUGGAUACUUGUUUCUCCACAGCACAACCUGUGGUGCCUUGUUCUUGCUGUAUGUGUUGUGAAAUCAGACCUUCAACAGCAUGUGAAAAUACACAACGGCAGAUUGACGUGUUGUGUGCAACAUAAAGCUGCUCGUAAUUUCUA